AUGUAAAGAAAAAAUUUUAGGGACUUCAAAGAAUCAUAAUUGAAUCAUUUUAAGAAAUAAUUAAUCACCUAAAGCAUAAAAAUACAUAUAAUAAUAAUCUCCUAUUAGAAUUAAACAAUCACUCUCCUGGUAGAUUGUUUUUCAAAAAUCCAGUAUUGA